GGAAGCUUCCGGAAGGAGAGACGCGGAACUACCAAACAUUUGGAGUGAAUUUGGCGGCGGCGAGAGUGUCUAAAUCUGUUUUGGCAGUUGAGCAUAAGCUGUUUUGUGACUGGAUCGAGAUGGAAGGGGAUAGUGACGGGAUGUAUGAGGAUGGAAUGGAAAUGGAUAGGACUAGAGGGGAGAGAGGAAAGAAGGGGAGAGGAGGGAGUGAAGGAAAGUCGAGUGCUAAAAGAGUGCAUGAAGACGAUGAAGAGGUUGAUAAGAGGAAAAGGGUUAUGGUGGAUGAAUAUAAGAUAAUUUAUACAUUUAAGUCAAACCAAGAUAUGAAUGACAUUAGUUUGAUGACACUGGUUAAGGGAUUGAAGAAGGACAUUGGAGAGGUGGAGAUAGCGAAGGUGCUCAGGGACGGACGGCUGUUGAUUAAAUGCAAAAACGGAGAGCAAAAGAACAAAGCAAUGCGAUUGCAAAAACUGUGCAACAAAAUAAUAAAGGAAAAAAAUUGAAGUGGGAGAACGAAAGGGGGCAAGAGGAGUCGUGACAGGAAUCCCAAGAGGAGAAAAUGUAGAUGAUCUGAAAAGAGAAAUAAAAGGAGGAACUGUCACUAUGAUGAAAAGAAUGAUGGCAUUUAGGAACGGUGAAAAGACUGAGAGCAAAUCCGUGCUGGUGCAAUUUGCAGAGGAGGUCCUACCAGAGAGAAUCAUGAUUGGGUAUUCAAGCUUCUAUGUUAGAGCUUACGUGCCACCCCCAGUACGUUGUUUCAAGUGCCAACGCUAUGGGCACAUAGCUAGUGUUUGUCAUGCUAAGGUGAGAUGUGGAAGGUGUGGAGGAGAGCAUGAAUAUGGACAAUGUGGAGAAAAUGAACAGGUCAAGUGUUGUAAUUGUGGCGGGAAUCACACAGCAGCGUAUGGGGGCUGCAUCAUAAGAAAACAGGCAACAGAAGUACAGCAAAUCAGAGUUGAAAGAAAUAUUACAUACACAGAGGCAGUUAAAAUAAGAAAUCAAGAAAGUGCAGAACAGGACAGAAGUGAAAAUAGUUAAAGACAUAAAAAACAAGAGGCAGCAAAUACAGGAAUUUCCAUGGACAAACUAGUUGUAUUCCUGGCUUAUGUAAUAAACUGUACAGAACAGGCUGGAAACAAGACUGAGAAAAUCAAAAUAAUUGUCAAAGCAGCAGCAAAGUUUUUAAAUGUAAAAGAACUAUCCUGGGAACAAGUGCAUGGUGAACUACAGAGAGUAGACGAGACCGAGUCAUGUUACCACAAUCCAACGCCAUGUUGAUUGUUCAGUGGAAUGCCAGAAGUUUGAUAGCAAAUGGACAGGAAUUAAAGGGAUAUAUUAAUAAUAUGAAAAAUAAACCACAUAUAAUAUGUAUUCAAGAAACAUGGCUGAAGCCAAAGUUAAACUUUAUAAUAAAAGGAUAUAUAACGAUACGUAAAGAUAGGAAUGAUGGGCAAGGAGGAGGAUGUGCCAUAUUUAUUAAGGAAGAUAUGCAUUAUUCAAUAUUAAAAGUAAAACAAGAACUAGAGAUAAUAGGAGUAGAAGUAUGGAAUAAUAAAGAAAGAUACAAAGUACUAAACUUCUAUAAUCCAUGCAAGAAAUUAGAAAUUCACCAACUAGAAACAAUAAUCGAGCACUGGAGUGGCAAUAUUAUUUGGUGUGGUGACUUUAAUGCACAUAGCACAAUGUGGGGUGAAAGGAAUGACUGGAAUGGGGAUACAUUGGAAGCACUUUUGGAGGAAAAAGAACUGGUGUGUGUGAAUGAUGGGUCGGGAACAAGGUUAGAUGUCGUCACGGGUAAAGAAACAGCAAUAGAUUUAACACUAGUGUCACAAGGGUUAGCAGGAAAGGUGGAGUGGGAAGUAAAUAAAUACAGCACAAUGGGAAGUGAUCACUAUCCAAUCUUCAUUCACAUAAACAUAAAUCAUAGGACAGAAAGCACUAGGAUAGAAGGAAGAUGGAAGUAUAAUCCUGGUGACUGGGGGAAAUUUAGGGGAAAUUACCGACAUAACUUUAAAGGAAGUAGAUAUAAAUCAAGAUAUUGAACAAUUAAAUACAGAUAUUACAAAGUGCAUAAUAGAAGCAGCCGAACAGAGCAUACCAAGGAAUAGUAUAGGGAGAAGAAGGAAGAUAGUGCCGUGGUGGACACAAGAGUGUACAGAUGCAAUACAAGAAUGGAAUAGAGCAUUUAGAAUACUGAGAAGAACACAUAAUUUCCAAGACAUGAUCCAAUAUAAAAGGCAUCAAGCUAGAGUAAGGUAUGUUAUUAAAAAAACAAGAAAACACCAUUGGAGAACUUUUUGUGAAACACUAAAUAGAACUACUCCUUUAAGCCAAGUGUGGGGAAUGAUCAAGAGAAGGUCAGGGGUCAGAAAAGAACAUAAAAAUCAUGUGAUGAAAGAUGGAACGCGGAGUGUGGUAGGAAAUAAAGAAAAAGCAGAACUUUUAGCAAAAACCUUUGUUAAAGUGCACAGUAAUGAUAAUUUGAGAAAUGUAUAAAAACAAAAGAGAGAAGAAACAAUUAGUGUAAAUAUUAAGUAAAUGAAGGAAGACAACGAUAAUAGUUUUACCAACACUAUGGAUAUGACAUUUUCUUUGGAUGAAAUGGUUCGAAUUUUAAAAAAGAUUAAAAAUAUGACGCCAGGGAAAGACCUGGUGAGUUAUCAAAUGAUCAAAAAUUUAGGUAGCAUCGGCAAAGAAGUGGUUUUGAAAUUAUAUAAUAGGAUAUAUGAAGAAGGAAAAUUACCAGAUGAGUGGAAAACAGCUGUAAUAAUUCCAAUAUGCAAGCCAGGGAAAGAUCCGGAAGAGGCAGGAAAUUAUAGGCCGACAGCAUUGACCUCAAAUUUGGGCAAAGUAAUGGAAAAAAUGAUUAAUGAAAGAUUAAUAUAUUAUUUAGAGUCAAAAGAAAUUAUAAAAAACUACCAAAGUGGUUUUCGCAAAGCAAGAAGCACAAAUGACCCAGCAGUGCAGCUGGAAGAGGAAAUUAGAAAGGGACAAAUAAAUAAAGAAAGUAUAAUUGCAGUAUUUUUUGACAUAGAGAAAGCGUAUGAUAUGUUGUGGAAAGAGGGGUUGCUGAUGAAACUAAAUAAGAUUGGGAUUAGAGGAAGAAUGUACAGAUGGAUAAAAGACUUUUUAACAAGUAGAACAUUAUUAGUAAAAAUGGAGAAUGAAUAUAGCAGAGAAUACGAAGUGGAAAAUGGGACCCCACAAGGGAGUAUAAUAAGUCCAGUACUAUUUUCCAUCAUGAUAAAUGAAGUUUUUAGUGAAGUGGAAGGGUUAGUGGAGGUGGCAUUGUUUGCUGAUGAUGGAGUGAUGUGGAAGAGAGGUAGAAAUACAAAUCAUAUAGAAAAGAAGAUUCAAAAAGCGGUAAAUAAUGUUCAAGACUGGGGGACGGCUUGGGGUUUAAGAUUCUCUGUUGGAAAGACAAAAGUCAUAAAUUUUACAAAGAGGAAAGUACAAAACAAGCUCCAAAUAAAACUCUAUGGAGAAAACAUAGAAGAGGUACAAGUAUUUAAAUAUUUAGGAAUAUGGUUUGAUAAAAAUAUUAACUGGUCAACCCACAUCAGCAAGAUAGUGGAGAAAAGUAAAAAGGUGUUAAAUAUAAUGAGGGCUUUGAGGGGUAAAGAUUGGGGGGCUGAUAGGUUGACAUUGAAAACAAUAUAUAUCACUUUAAUUCGAUCUGUUAUCGACUACGGAUGCAUUAUUUAUCAAUCUGCUUCAAAAACUCUACUUGAGAAAAUAGACCGGAUCCAGUCGCAGGCGUUAAGAUUAUGUGGUGGAGCUACUAAAUCUACUCCAGUGGCAGCAUUACAAGUAGACAUGAAUGAAAAACAUUUGGACAUGAGGAGAGAUCAACUCUCAGCAGUUUAUUGGGCAAACUUAAAAGGAUCCAAGCAAGGACAUCCAACCCGUCAAGUGCUACUAAAUUGCCAAGAAAAAGGGAAGAAAAAAAGGAAUAGUUUUGGGUGGAUAAUAGGAGAUAUAUGUAAAAAAACACAAAUUGACAAUAUUAAAGUGAGCUAUACAGUACCAAUUCCUGCAAUACCACCGUGGAUGUAUGAAAACCCAAAGGUAGACAUGCAGUUAUUGAAGAAUAGACAUUUAAAUAGUUACCAAAUAGAACAAUGGAUUGAGGAAAUGUUUUUUGAUAAUAUUAUGAUAUACACAGAUGCAUCAAAAACUAUAAAUAGUAAAGUAGGAGCUGCUGCAGUUAUCCCACAGAGAAAUAUAGUGUUGAAUAAAAUAAUUAGUGAUAAACUAUCUAUUUUUACGGGGGAAUUGGUAGCAAUUUAUAUGGCAGUUAACUGGAUAGAGGAAAACAAAGCUCGGAAAGUAGUCGUGUGCUCGGACUCCAUUGACGAGCAUAAAAAACAUAACAUCAGAAACAAGACUAGAUAUAGUUUAUGAAAUAGUUCAGGCAAUCUACAGGAUAAAUAAAGCGGGAGGUGUGGUAACAUUUCUCUGGGUUCCUGCUCAUGUAGGAGUUGAGGGAAAUGAGUUAGCUGAUAGGUACGCAAAAAAAGCAACCACUAAAACAGAAGUAAACUUGGAGAUUAAGCACAGUAAAGAAGAAGUGAAGAGCAUAAUUAAGAUAGAACACAAUAAAAAGUGGCAGGAUAAUUGGAAUAAGGAAACAAAAGGUAGAGAGUUUUACAAAGUCCAGAGGAAAGUAGGUGUAAUGAGAGGAGGGGGUAGAAAUAGGAAAGAAGAAGACAUUAUAACUAGAAUGAGAUUAGGCCAUACAUAUCUAAAUAGUUCACUAAAAUUGAUAGGCAAACAUACUACAGGGCUGUGUGAUUUUUGCCACCAGAUAGAAAAUGUUGACCAUGUCUUAAUACAAUGUAGGAAAUAUAAUAGAGAAAGAGAAAUACUGGAAAAUAAGUUAGCAAAAGAAAAUAUUAGGUUAGAAGUGGGAGGUAUAUUAGGAUUGCAUUCAGAAAACAUAGGAUAUAAAGCAAUAUACACAUAUUUAAAAAAACACUGGGUUAAGUAAAAGAAUAUAGAGUAGGGAUCCACCUCGGUCCACACUCCAUUACAGUAGGUGGCGGUAAUGCACACCAGAAGGUUGCUUGCCAACCGCCAUAAAAACAAAAGAAGAAGAAGAAAAUCAUAGAAGAAUCUCGUCACAAACAAGUGGCGGUAAAAAUGAAAACAAACCGACCAAGUUUUUAUUUUUUACUUUUUUUAUUCUAUACGAUGAAUUAAAAAAGAUACCAAUGGCGUCUCGAGCACUGAAGCGAGCUGGUGUGUCCCCUGAGUUGUGUCAGCAACUUAAACGAAGUAAAAUAGAAAGUUGUAAGGAACUGCUGUCUCGCUCGCCUUUUGAAGUGAUGCAUGCUGCUGGUUUGAGUUACCAAGAUGCUUUAGAGAUGUUGGUAUCUGUGAGCAGAGUCAUUGCUCCCUCACCCAUUACGGCUUUGGAGUUGUGGAAGCGCCACUCAGACUCUUGUUUCUCAACAUCACUACCAGCUUUGGACAAAGUGCUGAGGGGAGGCCUUCCCUGUGGGAAUAUCACUGAGGUGGCGGGGCCAUCUGGCUGUGGGAAGACACAAUUUUGUUUAAUGCUGAGUGUUCUGGCCACUCUGCCAAAGGAGCUGGGUGGCCUGGAUCGCAGUGUAAUCUACAUUGACACGGAGUCAGCGUUUUCUGCUGAAAGGCUGGUGGAGAUCGCACAGAGCAGGUUCAUGGACCGCUUCUGCUCAAAGGAGAAAGUCUUGGAGAUGGCAGGUAGGGUCCAUGUCUACAGGGAUCUCACCUGCCAGGAUGUCCUAAACAGACUGGACAGACUAGAGGAGAUCAUCAUCUCAACUGGAGCAGGUCUGAUCAUACUGGAUUCAGUGGCUUCUGUGGUGAGAAAGGAGUUCGACACAACAUUGCCUGGCAAUUUGAUACAUCGUAGCAACAUGCUGGGAAAAGAAGCAACCACACUGAAAUAUCUGGCUCAUCAAUUCAACAUCCCUGUGGUCCUGACCAAUCAGAUCACCACUCAUAUUGGACACCAAGAUUCUCAUCCUGCUGCUGAGAAGGACAGUGGCUUUGUGACGACAGCUUUAGGAAACACGUGGAGUCACAGCAUCAACACCCGUUUUAUUGUGCAGUAUAUGGCUGGAUGCCAGAGACAGCUUUUGGUUGCCAAGUCACCCGUGGCUCCCUUUGCUGUCCUCAACUAUGUAAUCCAGAAGGAAGGAAUCUUUAUAGUUGAAAACAAUGGUGAGGACAUCUUGUACAAGGGAAUGGAUCCCAGCCUCCAGCCUAUUAGGGUGAGAACUGAGCUCAACAUAGAUUCGAACUGACUCCAUUUUACUAAACCAAAAGUGUAGUGGCAAUUCUUGGAAGCUGUUUGACUCUUUGGUGUUUUGUCUAGAUCAUUUUGAUUCUAUAUUCACCAUAGAAAAUAAAGAAAAUCUAAGUAUUCUGUUUCAAACAUUAUUUUUUGUCAACAUACAACUUUUAAAUUCAGGUUAAUGUUAGCCUCUUUGAACAGUACAAGUAUUAUUAAAUGCAGACAAAACAAAAAUACCGUGAGUGUUUAUGGUUGUGAAUCUCGUCUUACCUUUGCUGUUUCCUCUUAAUAAACCUCGUUUUGUGUUAGUCAAUUUUUUUGUGUUACGCUGAUAUGAUUUCCACCACAAACAAUGACGCUUGAUUAAAAUUAAC